UGGGGUCCUAACACCAGAAGCUCACGGGAUCAUUAUAAUGAUAGUCUCCAUGAAUGGUUAAUGAACCUCUACUUAUAUGAUAUAGCUAUAGAUGCACAGAAUGAAGUAACCAUUAUAUGCUUUGUUAGAAGCUUAUUUGGUACCUCUCCCAUGGAUACAGUCAUUUUACAUCUUCUUCUUCUCAUAUGUUUUCUCAGUCACCCCAUUGCUCCGUUAGCUCAUCAACCAAAAACACCAACCGCUCGGAUCACCGUUGUGGGAGCUGUUUAUUGUGAUACUUGUUCAAGAAACACAUUUUCCAGAAGCAGCUACUUUCUCCCAGGUGUGGAUGUUGUGAUACAAUGCAAGUUCAGAGGGAGGUCAGCCAAAGCCACAGAGGAUAUGAAUUUUUCAGUGAACAAAACCACAAACAAGUAUGGAGUGUACAAACUGGAGAUACCUUCUGUUGAUGAGAUUAACUGCUUAAGUGGUGUGUCAAUCAAGUCAAUGUGCCAAGCAAGUUUGAUAGGGAGCUCAUCCAAAGCUUGCAAUGUUCCUGGUUUAAGAACCACAGCAGAUGAGAUUUCAGUCAAGUCAAAACAAGAUAACAUCUGCAUUUACAGCAUGAAUGCCUUGAGUUACAGGCCACCAAAGAAGAAUCUUACCCUCUGUGGCAAUAGGAAGGAGGAAGAAUUAGCAAGUUCUUUUAACUCCUCCAAGUUUUUUCUCCCUUACUUCCCACCAUUCUAUGGAUUCCCAUGGCCUCCUCUGCCUCAAUUCCCAUUCCCUCCUCUUCCACCUCUACCUUCUUUGUCCCCAUUUCCAUCGUUUCCAUUCCCUCCAUCUUUGCCAUUCCCAUUCCCAAGUCUACCUCCUUUUCCAUCCCCAAAUCCUUUGGCCCCAAACACUCCACCUCCAUUUAAUUUAGGAGACCCAAAAACUUGGAUACCAUACAUCCCUUCUGUCUUUCCUCCACCUCCUCCCCCACCAGGCUUCAAUCUCAGAGACCCCAGAACCUGGAUACCAUAUCUUCCUCCAUCCCCUCCUCAUAGCCCUGAAAACCCAUAGUUUC